UUAUAUUGGACUGGCAAAGGCUCAAUAAGUGACACAAUAAAAUAUUAUGGUCCACUUAUAUCUGCUAUAUCCGUUUCCCCUGGUAUGAUCUAUCUGUUCAGUGUUUUCUUUCAUUUCUUUCUGCUGCCUUGUGGUGGUAAUGUCCUCUAUAGGACUGAUAACUCUCUGGAAUCUUAUUGAAACAGUUCCAAGAAACAAAGCUUCUAGCAGGCUAUCUGUUGUGCAUAUUGUUGGGAUUGUAGGAUCUUUUUUGCUCUUCUUUAUAUUCAUUUUAGGUGUUUUAUGGAAGUUGGGCUGCUUUGGUGUCAAAAAAUUGCAUGAUGAAGAACUUAGCAGAAUAGAGUUGUUUCCUGGAGGGGUUUUCAAUUUCCGUCAAAUAAAAGCUGCCACACAGAAUUUUAGCACUGCUAACAAGCUAGGUGAAGGAGGUUUUGGAACUGUCUAUAAGGGCAUACUUCCCAAGGGACCUAUCAUAGCAGUUAAACAACUUUCAACAAGAUCAAAGCAAGGAAUCCGCGAGUUUGUUAAUGAAAUUAGUACUAUUUCAGCUCUGCAACAUCCACAUCUAGUGAGACUAAUGGGAUGUUGUGCAGAAGACAACCAACUCCUACUUGUCUACGAGUACAUGGAAAAUAAUUCCCUUGCACAUGCAUUAUUUGGUGCAGAGGAACUCAAAUUAGAACUAAAUUGGCCAACUAGGGUCAAAAUUUGCCUAGGUAUAGCAAAAGGUCUGGCUUUUCUCCAUGAAGAAUCAAAAUUGAAAAUUGUCCAUAGAGAUAUUAAGCCAACAAACAUUCUGCUAGACGAGCAUUUCAAUGCAAAGAUAUCUGAUUUUGGAUUUGCUAAGCUUUAUGAAGAGGAAAAGACACACGUCAUCACCCGAAUAGCUGGAACAACGGGAUAUAUGGCACCUGAGUAUGCCAUGCGAGGUUACUUAACAGAUAAAGCAGAUGUUUAUAGCUUUGGAGUUGUGACUCUCGAAAUUAUCAGUGGGAAGAACAAUGCCACCUCUAGGCCAAAUGAUCAGAGUGUCUACCUUCUAGAUUUGGCUUAUGUUUUACAACAGCAGGGAAAUCUUAUACAACUAGUAGAUCAAGCCCUCGGAUCUGACUUCUCUCGGAAAGACGCGAUCACAAUUUUAGAUUUAGCAAUGAUGUGCACUAACCCAUCCCCUACACUCAGGCCAACCAUGUCUGAAGUUGUAAAAAUCAUGGAAGGAAAGACUAAGAUAAUUUCCUCUAGAAUCAGUGCCCCUUACCCAAUGGAUGAAUUUACAACUGCCAAGGCCAUAGCUGCUCUUUCUCAAUCCUCUCAAUCCGGGAGCACAUCACAAGAAGGGGCAUCAAACACUACAUUAUCUCAUUCUGCUAGCAAAGAGAUUGAAGAAUCUACUUUAUCUGCUGAUUAUGCAGCUGAGAUGAUCAAUGGACAACGGGGGAUAUCAGCAACGGAGACAUCUUAGCUUCGGGAUAAUGGUUAUUGAUACAGAAACCACUUGUAAGACUUUCACUUAAAAGGCCAGGUGUGUCCCAUGUUUCAUGAUCCUGCAUAUCUUGCUUUGUGCAGCUGCAUAUCGAAAAAACAAUGUUGCUUGUAUAUUGGAUACUACUACAAAUUAAGCAUAGUUAAUGAAGCAAGACAAGAAUAACUGUCAUUUAUCAUUUCAUGUUAUCCUUUUUAGCCAUUACACUAAUAAAUUCUUGGUCAUCCACCUGUCACUGUGCUCUUGAUUUCAAUUGCACCAAGGUCAUGAUUCUUAAUGGAAAGAGGAAAAAUGCAUAUUUCGGC